AGUGGCUACCCUAAUUUUCAGCUGCAGCCUUCUAGAACGCAUAGUGUCUAGGGGUAGUCUCUUGGCUGAUAUGAAGGCCUCUUUUUUAACCAAUUCGGAGUUUUUGGAAAGGAUAAGUUUACGCAGACCCUCGAGAGAGUUCCUAAGGAGGCUGUUUGAACGGUUUACUGAGGAAGCGAUGAAGGCCAUAAUGUUUUCCGAAGAGGAAACUCGCAAGCGCUGCCAUGUUCGUGUCGCGACUGAUAAAAUACUGAUUGGUCUACUACAUGCCCCCCAAAACAACAUUGCUAAAAAGGUUCUUGAAUCCAUGGGAAUCAAUCCAAAAGAUGUAUCUGUGGAGGCUGACAAAAUAGCUCGGAGACCUGCUUACGUAGGUACGGAUCAGGAGGUUCAAAAGACAAGUGAAAUCACCGCAAUCGAUGUACCAUUUAACCACCGUGCUUUGCACAUACUAGAGUUGUCAUAUCAAGAAGCUCGGAAACUUGGACAUCUUCUGCUUGGUCUUGUUAGUUAUGAAGUAUGUUUAGCGUCUCUGGUCCUGGCCAAGUUUGGUGCAACCGCUAGCAACAUUCGGGCAGAGGUGCUACGCUUGUUUGGGGAAAACAACAAUGAGACAAUAUUGGAGCUCACAAGUUAUCAACCAACUGUUGAAGAUGUUGCUAAGCUUGAUGAGGAACUAAGCGAGCUCGAAAAGAUACGCAGACGGAUGGGCAAAGAGAUUAGAGAAGCUUACGAUGCCCUACAAUUCGAAAAGGGUUAUGAUCUUUUUAGCCGACAGAGUGAAGUAAGACUGGAGAUAUCUGCUCUUGUAGCCAAAAGGGCAAACCUGAGCAUGUGGUGCUGAUUAAUAAGGAGAUUGGGAUAAAAUAAACGUGAUUUAGCGCA